AAAGCCAUCAGCGCAAAUAUCGUGUUGGAGAAUACGCGUAGUCACGUAAAAAACGUACGUGUCAAGACGUAAAAACGUGUCAAGACGGCAUUUUUUGCCGUCUUGACACGUAAUAUUUUUACGUGUUGACGCGUCAUUAACGACACGUGAUGUGGUUAUUAGCCACUGAGAGACUUAGGAUAACGGAAGUCAUACGUAUUUAUGAAGUCGGCGGUCCAAAAAUGAUGUAAUAGUCACGUGAUGAAUAAAUUACUGACGUUGCGCCCCACACACCCCCGACACAUGACGCUGCUGAUUACCAGACACGUAGAGUAGUGACGUAUGUGAAACGUGAGCCAGGGGGCGUGUCCUUUGGACGGAACUAGUUCACGUUUGCAGCGGGGGUGCAGGGAACCAGGCUUUCAGUUGACUCCGAGGCAAACGAGAGGUAGAGAUGGCACUCCGUAAUUUUCUGACGGACUGCAACCAAACUUUUCAAUAUUGUGUGCGGUUAGCCACAUCGGACGAUGAUGAAACGAGACGAGCGUCUUUGGCAAGAAUGCGUACAAUGCAAUCAAGUCUCCGAUGGGCAAGAGGAAGGCUGGUAGAGACGGGCCUGGCUGGACAGCUGCUGGAUGUCAUCGAGGAAUUUCUUCAGGACACAGGAGAAGAUCGACAAAUCCCUGUGUCUCAAGGAUAUAGUGCUCCUCGAAUAAGGGGACGGGUCGGGCAGCCACGUUGUCUGAUCACGGAAGAGCAACUGCAGUUCCUACUCUCAUUUAAUUUCACAGUGCAGCAGAUUGCAGACAUACUGGGUGUCUCAAGACGCACUGUAACACAACGCCUCAGACAACAUAAUAUCACUAUCCGUGGUCGCUACUCCAACAUGACCAAUGCCGAGUUGGAUGAGCGAGUCAUUGACCUGGUACACGGAAAUGACGAGCUUGGCCCAGAUGCUGUGCGUGCACGUCUUUUUGGCGAAGGCAUCGUUGUACAGAGAAGACGUGUUCGCCAGAGUCUCCUCAGGACCAACCCAGCGGGGGCUGCUCUCAGAGCCAUGUCUCAUAGACUGCACAGGCGCAAAUACAGAGUAGCUGGGCCUAAUUCGUUGUGGCAUCUUGAUGGAAAUCACAAACUCAUCAGGUGGAGAAUCGUUAUCCAUGGAGGAAUUGACGGAUUCAGCCGGAUGAUUGUGUUCCUCCAAGCUUCCAACAACAAUAGAAGCAGCACUGUGAUGGAGCAGUUUGUUCAGGCGGUGGACCAAUUUGGUGUCCCCUCUAGAGUACGCUGUGACCAUGGUGGGGAAAACAAUGCUGUUUGCCUCUUCAUGGACGUUUUUCGAGGGACAGCUCGGGGAAGUGCUUUGAGAGGAAGGAGCACUCACAACCAAAGAAUUGAGAGACUGUGGAGAGAUGUUUGGAAUGGCCUCUCCAAUGUGUACCAUUCACUCUUCACACUUCUGGAGCAAGAUGGGAUCUUGGACAUUAAUAGUGAAACUCACCUUUGGGCUCUUCAAUAUGUGUACAUGCCGAGAAUCGACCGAGACCUGCAGCAUUUUGUGAACCAGUGGAACCACCAUGGACUCAGGACAACGAGAUACAUGUCACCGUACCGAAUGUUUGUGCGUGGAUGCCUCCGUCUACAGUCACAAAAUUUGACUGGUGUUCAAGGGCUUUUCGGGGCAGAUGAGGGGCCAGCAGAUGAGCAGCCAGCAGAACAAGCAGUGAGACCACCUGUACCCACUUUCAACUGGCCAGAGAGGGUUGCUGUCCCUGCCAAUACGUUUGCUGUUGAGCCUGGUCGCCUCCAAGAACUGCAACAUCGAGUCGACCCUCUGGCUGGUUCCAGAGACAGGAUGGGGGUUGAUCUUCUGCAGGAAGUUCUGAGCUUUCUGUUGUCUUGAGGGCCCAAAAGGUGAUCAGCUGCAACCUGCGGUCCCUCCAGGACACUGUCAGUGAGGCCCCCCACUGACAGGCACUCUAACCCUCCUUCCCCCAACACCACCCAGUCAUCUGCCCAUUAUGCUGCCAGAUUUUUGCAAACUCUGACAUUGAACUUUUCAUUGUAAUAGUGUAUAUAUAGUUGCAUAUGUAUAGUCUUUUUUCAUUUAUGGUAAUUUUUUAUUUAUGUUCUUGUGUGCAGUACUUUUGUUAAUGGUUUAUUUUUUGUAAUUAUUGUUUGACCUGAACACCAAGGCAAAUUCCUUGUAUUUGAAAAUGUUAUUGGCAAUAAAGCCCUUUCCUUUCUGA